UCCGGUGGAUUGCCGUGGCACUUCUGCGCAUGUGCGAGGAACUGAGCCUCCUCUUGCGACGAUAAUUUCGGCGAGUUCGCUCUGUAUCCCUUUCACGGCGAUAGGAAUCUGGAAGCAUCGUCGAGCAUCGUCACGUUGAACAACUGGCCGAGAGUGGACGGGAGAAGAUUAUAUCACGUGAAACGAUCACGAGAAAGGAAACAGAUUUUUGGUCAAGGCGUAGGAGCUCCGGUUAGAAACCCGAUCCCGGACUGUAAAUGGUGUCCUGCUCUUAUUCGGGACUUUCUCAUUGCAGCAUGGACGCUCGAAGAUCCUUAUCGAGAACGUAAAGCCAAAUAAUCCGCUUGUUGCUUGAGAUAUCAAGACGAAACAGAGCGAAGCUAAGAUGUAUCUAUAUAACUUGACCCUUCAACGUGCCACGGGCAUCACGCAUGCCGUGCAUGGCAACUUCUCGGGCAGCAAAAUGCAGGAGAUCCUGGUCUCGCGCGGCAAAUCGCUAGAGCUGCUAAGACCGGAUCCGAAUACAGGCAAAGUGCACACCCUAUUGACCGUUGAAGUUUUCGGCAUUGUGAGGUCCUUAAUGGCGUUCAGGCUAACCGGUGGAACUAAAGAUUACAUUGUCGUUGGUUCUGACUCUGGUCGUAUAGUGAUUCUCGAAUAUAUACCCGCCAAGAAUAUCUUCGAGAAAGUACAUCAGGAAACUUUCGGAAAGAGCGGAUGUAGGCGUAUUGUACCCGGCCAAUAUCUGGCGAUUGAUCCUAAGGGCAGAGCAGUUAUGAUAGGUGCCAUCGAGAAGCAGAAACUCGUGUACAUCCUCAACAGAGAUGCCGAGGCACGUCUGACGAUCUCCUCACCACUGGAAGCACACAAAAGCAAUACACUGGUUUACCAUACGGUCGGUGUGGAUGUUGGCUUUGAGAACCCUAUGUUUGCAUGCCUGGAAAUUGAUUACGAAGAAGCCGACAGCGAUCCCACUGGAGAUGCGGCGGUGAAGACGCAGCAGACACUGACACUGUACGAGCUGGACCUCGGCUUGAAUCACGUGGUGCGAAAGUACAGCGAACCGCUCGAGGAACACGCGAAUUUCCUCGUGUCGGUGCCCGGCGGCAAUGACGGUCCUAGUGGAGUACUCAUUUGCUCCGAAAACUAUCUCACCUAUAAGAACCUAGGCGAUCAACACGACAUCCGUUGUCCGAUUCCGCGACGACGAAAUGAUCUGGAUGAUCCGGAGAGAGGCAUGAUAUUCGUCUGUUCGGCCACACACAAGACAAAGAGCAUGUUCUUCUUCCUCGCGCAGACCGAGCAAGGAGAUAUCUUCAAAAUCACGCUCGAAACCGACGACGACAUGGUAACAGAGAUCAAACUGAAAUACUUCGAUACCGUGCCCGUGGCGGCGAGCAUGUGCGUUCUGAAAACAGGAUUCUUAUUUGUCGCCUCGGAAUUCGGAAACCAUUAUUUGUAUCAAAUAGCUCAUCUCGGCGAUGACGACGACGAGCCUGAAUUUAGUUCCGCCAUGCCACUGGAAGAAGGUGAUACUUUCUUUUUCGCACCGAGGCCGCUACGAAACUUGGUGUUGGUGGACGAAAUGGACAGCCUCUCACCUAUCAUGGCCUGCCAGGUGGCGGAUCUGGCGAACGAAGAUACGCCGCAAUUGUAUAUCGCUUGCGGCAGAGGACCACGAUCCACUCUGCGAGUGUUGCGUCACGGGCUCGAGGUCUCCGAGAUGGCCGUGAGCGAGUUGCCCGGUAACCCAAACGCUGUAUGGACCGUGAAGAGAAGAGUCGAUGAGGAAUAUGAUGCAUACAUCAUAGUGUCCUUCGUGAAUGCUACGCUUGUACUCAGUAUCGGCGAAACUGUCGAGGAAGUAACGGACUCGGGUUUCCUCGGUACAACACCGACCUUGAGUUGCUCCGCCUUGGGCGAGGACGCGUUGGUGCAGGUUUACCCGGACGGUAUUCGCCACAUUCGUGCGGACAAGCGCGUAAACGAGUGGAAGGCGCCAGGCAAGAAGACCAUCGUCAAGUGCGCCGUCAAUCAGCGUCAAGUAGUUAUCGCCCUCACCGGAGGCGAGCUGGUCUACUUCGAGAUGGAUCCUACCGGUCAGCUGAACGAAUACACGGAAAGGAAGAAGAUGCCUUCGGAAGUCAUGUGUAUGGCCCUUGGCAACGUGGCCGUAGGCGAGCAACGCUCGUGGUUCUUGGCUGUUGGGUUGCAGGACAACACCGUGAGGAUAAUCUCGUUGGACCCCUCGGACUGUCUGGCGCCGAGGAGCAUGCAGGCAUUACCAGCGGCCGCCGAAAGUCUCUGUAUCGUGGAGAUGGGUGUUAAGGAUGCCGACAAUUCCGAAGACUCGGCGCCGCAACAGUCCAGUUUGUACUUGAACAUAGGUUUGCAGAACGGUGUGUUGCUCAGGACCGUGCUGGACCCAAUUUCGGGCGACCUCGCGGACACGAGAACUCGUUACCUGGGUUCUCGGCCGGUGAAGCUCUUCAGAAUACGCAUGCAGGGCAACCAGGCGGUGUUAGCGAUGAGCAGCAGAUCAUGGCUCAGUUACUACUAUCAGAAUCGUUUCCACUUGACCCCCCUGUCUUACGAGAGCCUGGAAUUCGCGUCGGGCUUCAGCUCCGAGCAGUGCCCGGAGGGCAUCGUUGCCAUAUCGACGAACACUCUUCGGAUCUUGGCGCUCGAGAAACUCGGCGCGGUGUUCAAUCAAGUGAGCUUCCCCCUGGAAUACACACCGCGGAAGUUCGCGAUACACAGCGAUUCCGCGCACCUAGUGGUCAUCGAGACCGAACAUAACGCCUACACGGAUGAGACGAAGCAACAGAGGCGGCUGCAGAUGGCGGAGGAGAUGCAGGAGGCCGCAGGUGCCGACGAAGCCGCCGUCGCGAGAGAGCUGGCGGAAGCGUUCCUCUCGGAGGAGCCGAACGAGGCUGUUUUCGGCGCCCCGAGAGCGGGCCCGGGUCUCUGGGCGUCUUCGUUGAGAAUAAUGGCGCCCACGACUGGCCAAACGUUCGAAGUACACCGCUUUGAGCAAAACCUGGCUGCGCUUUGCCUCUGUCUGGUGAAGUUCGCCAAUCAAGGAGACCAGCUGUUCCUCAUAGUCGGGGUUGCGAAGGACUUUCAGUUGAAUCCCAGGGUCAGCAACGGUGGAUUUCUUUACACGUACAAAGUAAAUUUGGAGUGUACGAACAUCGAGCUUCUGCACAAAUCUCCAUUGGACGAAGUUCCCCUGGCCAUUUGUCCGUAUCAGGGCCGGGUAUUAGUGGGAGUAGGAAGGAUGUUGCGGCUUUACGACAUGGGUAAAAAGAAAUUAUUGCGAAAGUGCGAGAACAAACACAUUCCGAACGCGGUGGUCUCCAUCAACGCCAUCGGCCAGCGGAUUUACGUCAGCGACGUGCAGGAGUCGGUGUACGCCGUGAGAUACAAGCGGCAGGAGAAUCAGCUCAUCGUUUUCGCGGACGACACGCAUCCCAGAUGGAUUACGACGACUUGCGUGUUGGACUACGACACCGUCGCCACCGCCGAUAAGUUCGGGAACAUAGCUGUGAUACGAUUAGCUACCGGCAUUAACGACGACGUGGACGAAGACCCUACAGGCAAUAAGGCUCUGUGGGACCGAGGAUUGUUGAACGGUGCGAGUCAGAAGGCGGACACGGUGGCUUGCUUCCACGUCGGCGAGACAGUGAUGUCGCUGCAGAAGGCGACUCUCAUACCCGGUGGCUCCGAGAGUCUGGUCUACACGACUCUGAGCGGAACAGUAGGCGUCCUGGUGCCGUUCACCAGUCACGAGGACCACGAUUUCUUUCAGCACUUGGAGAUGCACAUGAGAUCGGAGCAUCCGCCGCUGUGCGGCAGGGAUCAUCUCUCUUUCAGAUCGUACUACUAUCCGGUGAAGAACGUCAUCGACGGUGAUCUGUGCGAGCAGUUCAACUCGAUCGAGCCGGCGAAGCAGAAGAGCAUCUCCGGCGACCUCGAGAGAACUCCCUCCGAGGUGUCGAAGAAACUGGAGGAUAUACGUACACGUUACGCGUUUUAAGGGCGACGACACGGCGACGAACGUGCGUCCUUUCGGUGCGUCGACACACUUCAACGUUUCAACGUACAACUUUCGACCGGUGCGAAACUUUCCGGCGCCCAACUUUGGGAAAAAAUAAAAAUACAUAAUACAGCUCGUUUGUUCUGCGUUCGUAUCCGUUUGUAUCACUUUCGUUUUCGUUUGUACCUCGAAGGAUUAGAAAACACAAGGGGGUGAAAAAAUACCCAACGCCCGGCAAAAAGAUUUUUUAAAUUUCACUUAUGCUGUUCGAAAGGUGCAUCAUUUAUACUUGGUUGUAUCUCUUUCAUUUUUAUUUACGAAUAACAAUCGAGCUAUAUGAUAUAUUUUUAUUUUUUCAAAGUUAGGCGCCAGCUUCACACCGGUCAACUCUCGCAUUUUCAUGCGAUCAAUUCUUUCGGGGAGUCGUUAAGAUUCGCCAAUCCGUUCUCUAAGCACUUCUAAUAUUUAUUCCGAUAAAUCAUAGCGGUGCAGAAUUGUUCGAGCGGUUCGCAGCCGCUCACCACGUUCCCUAUAAACGACACGACGAUGGAACUAUGAAAAUGAAUAAUUGAAUAAAUCGAAAUUUCAUAUUUUGUACGUGUGAUGAGAAAUUCUAUUAUAUAUAUACGUAAUUUAGAUUAAUACUAUAUACGUAGACUAAACUCCUUCUCUUUAAGGUGCACGUCAUACAUACAGUCGAAGUGUAUGUUCGAUUUCUCAAUUCGAACGGACCGCUGUCGUGGUUUAGCAGAAAAUGAAAAGUAUCUUAAUAGCUUUAAGGAACUUCUGCGUAAGUUUUCUAUUCUCUUAACAAUUAGCAAACAGCUAUAUAAACGUGUCGAUUCGCGCGUGCGCGAAUAAAUGAAAUGAAAAGAAACUUGUACGACUAGCGAGUUUUUUUUCUUUUUUUUUUUUUAAAUUAAUAGAUAUUUAGUUACAUUGUUGUAGAUAUACAUAUGACGACGUAAUAUUGUUACUAAGCGCCCCAUAUUAAUUGAUGUAAUGCUAUUCAACAAUACUCUAGUGACGAACGAUCGUCGCUCGACGUUGUCCGCAAGUUUGCACAUUAAAUCAUCUGAUGAAUCUAGCAAUCCCGCCUAAUAUUCAUACCUUGUACGAAUAUAUAUAUUUAUAUUCUCAAACUUUACAUUUAUUAAUAUUUAUUAUUAUUAUUUACCAAAGGAGAAGUAUCCUCCGUUUU